AUGUAUCCAACUACUCAAUUAGCAGAGUGUUGGAUGAAUACGCAGAGCACGGGUAAUCUAUCGAUUAUAACACUUUUACUGAGCUAUUCGCCUACGUCUCCUAGUUAUUUGAUGCCGCCAACUUAUGCCGUAAGAGGAUACGACCACAACGACGGGCCGUACGAACCGCAAUAUAUUGCAUCACCACAGGUACUGAAGGAAGAGAUGGAUGAAGAAGAAGAAUUUCUUCCGCUGUUUCAGAAUGGG